GCAUAACAUUUUCGUCGGUAUACUGCAACCGCCUGAAAAGACGAAUACAGUAAGGUUAUAUUUAAAAAAAUCUAUAGGUCAUUAAAGAGGCGUACUUUGAAUUUGACGAUAAUUGAGUAAAAAUGAAAUUCCCAGUCGCUUUACCAUGCAAUGCUCAUUUCCCGACGUGUCUAAUUUGGCGAAAGGGUGUGAACUGAUUAGGGCUUUGUGGAGCUGUAAUCGCCUUUGCGUCUUUUGAAUUGACCGCUGCUGAGUUUUUAUUUGAACAAAGCGUUAAUCCCUCUGUAAAGAUGGGACAGGGUGGUAAUAAGCCAGCAGACGAGUUCAUGAGGCAGUCGCGACAGUCUGUAGCUCACACAGGCAAAAGAACGGCGCGCGUAAUUCAGUUAAAGAGCAGGGGGUACAAAGUCUGUUUUAAUCGGCAUUUUAUGAUUUUGUUGACCAGAGUACGUACAUAUACGGGAUAUAACUUAAACAAUUUGUUGUUGAAUUGAAUCUGAAACCUGUCAGUUUUGAGACUUUCUUAUUGGGUUAUAGACAUGAGAGGUCAACUGAAGUUGGUAAUAUGCGGAACAGCAAGGAAACUAACGGUCACUUUUCUGGGAGUAAGAUCGCUUCACAAAUCAUACACAAGAUCUGGGUCGUACCCUCAUUAUAUUUACCUAAAGAUAUCAUUAUCCCCGGACACUGAGAACCGAGUUCGACACAAAACCUCACCAAAGUGUCUUACCUCAGACACCUUGUCAGUCCAUGAAUCAUUUUCAUUUGACAUCACCCGUCGUGAUAUUGGGAAACGAAUUCUUAUCUCAGCUUGGAGCAAAUGUGAGGCAUAUGAUCGCUCAAUGUUCAUCGGGUGUAUGAGCUUUGGUGUCAAGCGUAUUGUGUCUAACCAGGAGGUUAUCCAAGGCUGGUAUUACUUUCUCAGUGAAAUCCUAGGCCGAAAGAAACACUUGACCGCCAAAGUUAUUCACGAACCACAAUAUUCUGACAACGAUUAUUACGAACAUCAGCCAUUGAAGGUUCAGACUUUGCCUUCACGACGCAAAGUGCAAACACUAGGAAACAUUAAGAGUUCACACCUUAACAACCAAAGCAGCGAUUCGUCGCUCGCUGGUUACGCAAAACAGGCUCGCCAGCCAAGAAGAAAAUCCAUGCGCAGCAAGCGGUCUUUCGAUGACGAAACAAAACCUUUCAAGCGUAUCAAGUUAACCGAGGAUAUUCACACAACGGUUCAUGACAAUGCAUCCGAUGAUCCUGAACCAAUUGCUGUGUCGAGCGAAACCACAUCAACCAGUUAUGACGUCAUCACACGACGACGUCACAACCUCGGGAAGAAAUAUACGUCCACUGAUCUUUUGCUCUUCCGGAUGAGUUACUAUGGCAACCAUGAGGAAUCAAGCGAGGAAGAUGAAAAUCUAUGUUCAUCCGGACUUCCAGUGGAGUUGAAAGAGACGAGGUCCGCGAAAAUCAUUUCACAAGCUUCUAUAACUGCGGAAAAAUCAAACGAAAACGAGGACUUCGUGAAUGGAAACUUGGUCGAAACACGUUGCAGUGCUAGAGUAGCGAAGCGAAGGAGACUUCAGCAUUUACCAGAUCGACGAUGCGUGAGUUCGUACGUCGAGUCCCACCCGGAGGAGAUCAUAAUCAAGAUAGCACAGAAGUUGAGCGGUUCAAGUGUACAGGAACCGAUACUUGAACACGAUGAUCGGGGUUACCAUAGUGGUGCGACGUCCACGUCCACUUCGUGUGAUUCCAGUUCAGACGAGUCGAAACCGGUUAACCAAGAUGGCGAUUACGUAUAUUUGUCUGGCGACCCUACCAAAAUGCCAUGGGACGAUAAAAGCGAACAAAAAAUUCCAAAAAACGAAUCGAAAUUUGCGGAAAUUAAGAAAUGUACGACCCUUGCCACUAACACUGUGUCGGAGCCCAGUAUUGCAGAUAGUAAAGGGAAACAGACAUCAAUACAAAAUCUGAAAAACUGGUUCAACCGUAAAGCCGACGAUGCCGUGUUUAACUCUCGUGAGAAAUCCCAAGCUUCACCGAAAACGAUCAACCCUCCAAAAUCAAUCUCGACCGGAUGGUUAUUGAAGUAUAAAGCCGCUGAAAAUCAUGUUUUCCGUCAACUUAAACGAACAACCAGUCUAAGAAAGACUGAAGUAAAAACUUGUGAGCAUUGCGUCUAUUCAUCUCAAACUCUAGCAGAAGUGCUGAAGCGAAAAGGAGGUGCGACUGCUUUUCGUAUCUUCCUUGAAAGUGAAUUCAGCGACGAAAACAUUCAUUUCUACCUCGAUGUUGAGGCUUAUAAGCAAGUGAGGGGUGGAAGACGUCACAAGAUGGCGACAAAGAUAUUCGAGCAAUACCUAAUCGAGAACUCGCCCAGCGAGGUCAACAUCGACGCCAAAACUCGAGCUGCCACAAAAUCCGGACUUGCUUCGUCCGAUUCCUCCAUUUUUGAUCUCGCACAAGAACGAAUCUUUAAACUGAUGGAAACUGAUUCUUUCCGAAGAUUCCAAAUCAGCGAGUUCAGAAAAUGCAAAUGUUCGUCGCGGUGAAGACUGUAGGUUUCGAACCCGCAACUCAAGAAGUCGAGAGACGUUAAAUAACAGAUGACCUGGAAUAGAAACGGCAGAAUGAGACAAAACCAUUAAAAACUUAUUUCAUUCUGUCUUUCGGUUGAAAGUCUUUAUUACGGAAGCAACUUUAAAAUAUUUUGAAAGACCUGAUGACGUUUCAAAAACUUAAUGACGUAUUCAAAGAGACUUAAUGUUGUUGUCAAACGCUAUGUUUAUAUUUCACGCUGGCGUGCACUGACGCUUUAACUCGCCUUCGCUAUAUUUAUACGUCAAUAAAUGUUCCACUAUGUGUAAUAACAUUACGCGGUUGUUUUCCAUUCUAAAUAAAACAUCCCGAGGUAUGA